GGCCCAUGCUGCUCAGCCAGGAGGGGCUGCCCUACCUGGCCUGGCACGGCUUCCAGGCUGAGCACUGCAGGGCCUGCCACGGCGCCGAGGAGCCCGGCGUGGGGGCCGUGCCCGAGCGGGACUGGUGGCACCGGGGCGCCAUGAUCAUCUACACCAGCGGGACCACGGGCAGGCCCAAGGGCGUCCUGAGCACCCACCACAACCUCAGGGCCGUGGUAACCGGGCUGGUGCACAAGUGGGCCUGGACCCGGGACGAUGUCAUCCUGCACGUGCUCCCUCUGCACCACGUCCACGGUGUGGUCAACAAGCUGCUGUGUCCACUUUGGGUGGGCGCCACUUGCGUGAUGCUGCCUGAGUUCGACGCCCAGCAGGUGGGUCUGUGGGUGGGGGCUGGGGACCUGCGGGGCAGUGGGGUGGCGGGGGCAGGCCGGGCCAGCCCCGCGCUGGAGGCUGCUGUGUGCCUGCGGGUCGCCCUGCCCGUGGCCCCUGCGGCAGACCCCUGUGUCCCCUACAGGCCCCGCCACCAGCCACCGGCCUCUGUGCCUGUCCGGACUACGCCGGGGCUUAAAUUGAAGGUGUAA